UUGAUAGUUCGCAGGGAAUUAAAGAUGUUCCGUAUAUUGCAUGAAAGAACAGCACAAUAAUGCAUGACCGGAAGACAGAGAAACCAACGAAGCAAAACAAGACAUAAAAAGAAAAACAGAAGAAGAGGACUAUCAGAAGGAUCUGGGGAACACAAUUUUCCUGUAAAAAACAAAGAUCCUUUACCUACACAUUUUACAAGAAAUGUGCAGAAAGCCAUUGAUAAAUAUACCUGUGAGUCUGUGUCAUCAUUUUCAUCCAGUGGAAGCCCCACACCCACAGAAGCCCACAGCUCUUGGUCCGGGUCUGCGACGCAGAGUUCGACCUCAACCACAGGUUUAUCUACCGAAAGGAGCUCCAUUUGCUCAUGGAGAGAUGAAGAGUUUGACAAAGCCAGUGCACAGAAAGUACAGCAGUUAUUCUGGGAGGUCGAGGAAAUGUUAUUCGAAGGGAAAGUGAGCCCACAGACCCAGAACCUCAUGGCUGAAUGCAGCGAGUGGGCGAGACGAUCCAUCCAUCUGAGAGUAUUAGGAAGACAGGUCAUCCUGCCAACCGAUGAAGGGGUCCGCCACUUCCAGGGCAGCGAGCCUCGCUCUGCAGGUCACGAAUCCUCCCCGGAUGCCUGUCAACGCAGCAGCAACAUCAGGCAGUUGUGCAUCUCCGGCUCGCAAAUAAUCCCAGCAGCACUUGCAGCCCCGGCCCUGCUAGGUCCCGACUGCACAGAAGUAGCUGACAUAGCGGCAUGUUCAUCCCUGCAGGAAGAGGUCUACGAUGUGGAUGGAAAAAUCGAAGAAUAUUUCGCUUUCGACAGAAAAGAAGAUGACAAUGAACACCUUGAACAGAAAUCAGCUCACCACUGUGGGAUGUGGCGCAAGCAUGGACUUCCUCCCAUUUCCCCUCAUGACUGUAUCAAAGACGCUGUGGCCGCAGAAGUGUUCGAUCACAUCUGGACAAAUGUGGUAGAAAUACUGGAAGAGCUGAUUAGAAAAAACUGGGAAGUUACACUCACAGGAAGAAGAAAACAGAAAGAAAAACUGAAAGUUGCUGAGGCUAAAUCUCCGCGACUCAUUUCCCGUAUUAACACUGAUCUAAUGAGUGUUCCCCCGUCCAGAAGUUCUGAAACUCAAAGCAUCUCCCUGGCUUUUCAUCAUAAUACCCACCAGAUCCAUCGCUUCUCCAACAAUUUUUAUAGUGAUUUGAAUGGUGUGAUGACAAUUCAAGCAAAACCACUUCAGCAGAGACCGACCUAUUUUGCAUACAGGAUGCAGAAUGAACAAGAGGACAAAUCACUGAGUGUGGGGGCUAGUAGCCUUUCUGCGGCCCGCCACCGUCUGGGACGAAUCUCAGACUCCUGCCGACUACAGACUCCUGCAAAGAAGACACCGGUACACACGAGGCUGCCUUCUCUCACUUUGGACUCACAGAGAAUGAAAACCCCCAAUGUGGACAGUGAGGAGGUGCUUACGGGAACUAGACUGCAAACUGGCAUGGACCACAUGUCCUCCCCACCAGUCCACACCGCACGGAGCAGGUUACCCCCCAUAGGCCCCGAGCCUGCUGAGCAGAAGGUGGCAGUUCCUGGAUCUCGGCCUGUCUCUUACAGAGGAAGGCAUGCACAAAACCAUGUUUUAAGUGCAAUACCCGAUAGUGUAGAACGAUCACCUCUUCGAGAAAGAUCUCUGACUGUGGAACAGUUUUCAAGGCCCAGCACAACCCAUACGUUCCGGUCAGACACCCCUCGAAAAGGUUCAUUGACUCUGAUGGAGUUUGCUGGUCACACCUGGGCAGGUCAAGGUUUGCUGACAGGUUCGCAGUAUCCAACCAAGUCUUUUCAGAGGACAACUCUGACUUUAAGAAAGAGAUUCCAAGUGGCAUCUUGAUGUUGCUUCCCCAGAAUUGCAGCCUUUGCUGGGCCACCCAGCGCCUCUGCGACCACUUGUCACUUGAAAAACAGAAGAACAAGUAUUAUAUUAUGUGUCUGUUGGCACAGCAGUCUGUGAUAUUGGACUGUCUGAGAGAAAUGCAGUCAAAUAAACAACUGAAUUGUGAACUUUGCAUUGUAAACACAA